UUGAUAGAGCUGUCAUUGUGAAAAAGGCAAACAUGCUGGAUUUGAACAACAAUCUCAAGGCCACUACAAUGCUGAACACCAGAAGUUUACUGUUUGGAUAUUCAGCUAUUGAUAAUCAGCCACCUUGGAAUGUAUCACAUAUCCCUAAAACAUUGGAUUAAAUGAGUGCACAGCGCCUUUUGCAUAUUCAGGAUCAUCUCAAAAUAAAAAAGAAUAACUCUCCAGACCACAAAAUGUCACAGAGCCCUCUAACUACCCACAUACUCAACACAGCACAAGGCAUCCCUGCUGCACAUGUUACAGUCAGUGUUGUCAGACUGGAGGACAAAGCAUGGAGAGAGAUUGCAAGAGGGGUUACAAACUCCGAUGGCAGGUGCCCAGGUCUGCUUACAUCAGAAACCUUUGUUCCUGGGAUAUACAAGAUGAAAUUUGCUGUAGAUGAGUAUUGGCAAUCAUUAAACUUGGCCAGUUUCUAUCCAUACAUAGAGGUUGUUUUCAACAUCUCGGAUGCAAGUCAGAAGUACCACAUUGCUCUUCUCCUGAGUCCCUUCUCAUACAGUACCUAUCGAGGAUCCUAAGUGCUUUAAUUAUUGCUAAUGUGAGCUACAUAUUAAGUUUAGUCACUCUAUAAGGAAGCAUCUUGUGUCACUGUUCAAAUUUGAAUAAAAUUCAGAAAAUGGGGAGUGUGUUAUAUUUUGUUAAUGUUCAUAAUAACUUCAGAUAGAAAUUGAUAGAUUUAGCGCUGAUGAAGUCAUCUAGACCUGAAAUGUUAGCUUGCUCUCUCUCCAUGGUACUGCCUGACCCGCUGUGAUUCCCAGCAUUUUUUGUUUUCAGUACAGAUUCCAGCAUCUGCAGUAUUUUGCUCCAAGAUUAAUUGAAUGUUGGCUUUUUCCUCAAGUGGGCUAGAAUAAGAAAAGGGAAUAAGUUAUGCUCAGUUCUGUGGAACCUUACCUAAAUUCUACCAGUAAUACUGCAUUCAGGUUUGGGUACCAUACCUUGGAAAGAAUAUGCAGGCCAUGGAGUGGGUAUAAUGCAGAAUCACCAUUAAUGAUACUGAGCCUACAUUUUGAGGACAGAUUGCAUAAACUGGACUUGUUUUCCUUUUUGAGGUUGACUGAAGGGUGACCAAAGUGCUUCAAAUAUUUAGAAAGGUUCAAUAGGGCAGAUUGAAAUAAGGUAUCCCUUUAGAAUAAUGAAAAUAAGGGAACAAUUUCAAAAUUGAGCAAAUCUCAAUAUAUUUUCUUAUGCACAAGCUAGUAGAACUCUAUUGCCCCCAAAGGCUGUGCUUCUGAGAACAAAUGAAGAUUUCAAGCUUGAGAUUAAUGGAUUUUGCCAGAUAUUGAUGUUAAUACAUAUAAAUAAAAGUAAAAUAAAAAGCAGGUGCAGGUCAGCCAUGAUUUUACUGAAUGGCAAAAGAGGGUUCAGAGUGAAUGGGCUAUUCCUGUGCCAAAUAUUCUUAGAUUAAUGUACUAACACUAACAAACUCCACAAACCUAGACAGUAAGGCGAUUUCUACCUCACCCUCCUGUCAGGCUGCAAUGUUGAUUUGAAGACAAUGAAGAAUAAUAUUUGGCAGGAUAUAAUGGAAACACGACCACCCAAUCCCGUGUAUUUCUGAAGUUACAAUGAUUCCUCGUGUUUGUUUUGAUUUGCGUUUGUAUAAUUAUCAGAUAUAACAUUCAGGUAGAUUUCAACUGCUUAUAUUGAAUUCAUAGCAUUUUUUUCACAUUAGCUAAUUCUUUGCAAACAUCAUUUAUCAAAAAUGAAACAUUUGUACAAUACUACCUUUUUCAAUCUUUGGCUAUAAAGACAAUCUGUUCCUUUUUCAAUGUGUGAAAUCAGAGUUCAAUGAAUUGAGCCUGACUGCCCAUCCCUUGUUGAUACGUCUACUUGAAUGCUUUACCAAAAUGUAGUUAACUGUAGCGAUUAUAGGUAGGUUCUUGAAUAAUGAAAGAACAUUGAAAAUAUAUUAUUUUCCUGUAUCAUUCGAUAAUUGCAUUUUAAUGUAAAUGUUGUGUUUGUAAGUGAACAUAAAUUAAUAAAUGUACAAAAGUUUAGACUUUUGGGCAGACCAUUCAAUUGAUGGAUUGUGAAGGCAGUCUAGUUGAGCUAUGAGCUCUGUAGCUGAAAUCAUAGCAACAAGCAACCUGCACAAAGAUUCAUAACUUAGAUGAUGUCUGGAGGAGUUGAAUUAUUUGCAAUGGGAUGGGGUGAGGGGGUGAAUAGAGUGGCGAAAAUACAUAAGGAAUUAAUUGAACCUUCUAAAUUAAUUGAACAAAGUUGAUAUUUUCUUUUAGACAAAUCAUCAAUGAAGCCCACGGAAAGGUUUAUUAAGAAGCUUUAAGCAAAAACUCUGAAUUUACAAAAAUAUUUGCUACUGCAAAUGUGUAACAUGUUAAACUUGAUUUUAAAUUGAAUUCUGAGUUCAUAGUGAGGCACAAUAAAUAUUUGCACCAGUGACACAGUUAACAUCAUGGAUAAAACUUAGAGAGAUGAUACUGUGGUCAAUCUGAUUUUAAAAAGAUACCUUUAAACAUCAUAUAAUUUUAAGUGACAUGACUAAAAAUUAAUGCAGCAGAUAAGAAGACAAAAUUUGAUGUAGGAUACGGAGUUUGAGAUGAUCUUGGUUGUCAGUGAAGUUUCUCACAGGGUGUAGAAAUUGUAAAUAAGAAAGGCAGCUUGAAAAUUGGCGGUGAAGGCAGGAAAUAGAAGUGUCACAAUUCAAAGGGAUUCUUGAUAUUAUUGAAAUGUAUUUUAUUUUGAACUCAUUUAACUUUUGAAAUAGCAAAUACAAAAAUGCUCAGGUGAACACAAGUAGCUUAUCACAACAGCCCUGAGGUUUGAAGGCAUCAAGCAUGAGUGAUAAACUUAAAAUUUAAUUGAAAUGGGUAUUACCAAGUUUCACAAUUAUAUACAGUAAAAUUAUGACAAUGGGAAGAAGUUCAAGAAUUUUGUUAUUAUUGAUAAAUUGCCUAUGAUGCUGUGCAUAAUUAAUUGUGGAACAUGAUUAUCUUCAAAAAAUUGGUAAUGGAAUUGAGAGACCAAUUUAGGUGCUUGCUCCAGGAAGUCACCAAAUAACUGGAAUAUGCACUUCAUUAUAACAGUUGUCAUAACAAAAUUAAUGAAAAAUAUUGACGGAACAGCUUGUGAAUAAAUGAACAGUACAGAAAGUAAGGUUUAUGCUAAGCAUGCAAGAUUGUUAACAAUAUAUAGGUAAGUGAUUGCUGAAAGAGAGAAGAUCGUAGUUUGAGAUUUCAAAAGAUAACUAGAGUUUAGUUUUCAAGAAGUCUGGAAUCAAAGUAGACUUAAUCCAGCCUACCUAUAUUCUUUACAGAAUGUUACAGCCAUGCACAUAAAACGUGAUUAGUGCGCAUAGAAUAUUUGAAUGUUUUAGCUGCAAUGAAUGGAACUGAGGUAGGUAAGUUAGCGAGAAAUUAUCACAUUUCUGUAUACAAUUAAGUAAUCAGCGAAAUCUUGAUGUUAACAGUAAAAAUGUUGUAUUCUGUAUUGCUCAAAUUAAUUGAAUAUUUAUUCUGGUAUACAGGAAUCCAAUCUGAUUUUACUAUGAUGAGACAAGUGCUCGGUCCUAAAUGUAUAUUAAAAUAUUCUUUCUUAUUUUUUAAAAAUUGCAGGUCUUAAAGCCAUGAAGUAUUUACAAACUUCACUUCAUUAAUUUCUAGUGUUAAAAAGAUAUCCCCUAACAGGUUUUGCUAGAGCAGUUUGUAUCACAUCAUAAUUAGGAAUUUUACCAAACUUAUUUAUUGGUAACCAAGUAUCCCACGUCUUUAGGAUGUGUAAUUUAUAACUCAGACCUAUGUU